AGCAUAGAGGAUACAUUUCCUCAUUGGUUGGAAUCUCUACCAGACCUUCAAGUGCUUGUCUUAAGGUCCAACAAGUUCCACGGUUUUGUGCAGAGCACCAAAGAAAGUCCAUCUUUUCCCAAGUUACGAGUUCUAGACCUCUCCAGCAAUGAUUUUCGUGGCCCUUUGCCUACUCGGUACAUUGAAAAUUUUAAAGCCAUGAUGGACCCUCAUGGAGAGGAUGGUUCCCCUGAAUACAUGAAGGCGCCAACGAAUUCUUAUCCAGCGAAUUCUUAUCAAUAUUCACUGGUUGUGACAUGGAAGGGAUUCGACUAUGAGCUGCAGGGAAUCUUGACCAUAUUCAGUAGUAUUCAUCUCUCAAAUAACAAGUUUGAGGGAGAAAUUCCAGAUGUCAUCGGAAAGCUUAGUUCUCUCAAAGGGCUUAAUCUUUCUCAUAACAACCUUACUGGUCAGAUCCCACCGUCACUAGAGAAUUUGACGAAUCUGGAAUGGUUGGAUCUCUCUUCCAACAAGCUGGCGGGGAAAAUUCCUGAUGAAUUGGUAUAUUUGACACAACUCUCUGUAUUGAAUCUUUCAAAUAAUCAUCUUGUCGGACGCAUACCACAGGGCAAUCAGUUCAACACCUUUGGAAAUGGUUCUUAUGAAGGAAACAUUGGACUGUGUGGAUUCCCAUUGUCAAAAUCUUGUGACGGAAUUGGGAUACCGCCGAGCUCCUUCCAAGAAAAAGAUGAGUUGUGGAGAUUUGACUGGAGAGUUGUGGUGUUAGGCUAUGGAUGUGGAGUUGUUUUUGGACUGCUGAUGGGGAUAUCUUGUCUUCCGAACAGGAAAACCAAAAUGGUUUGUGUCUUUGUUUGAUGGCCGACCAAGUCAAAGUGGAAGAAAGAUGAGGAAAGCCAGAAGACUUGUUCAAAGAAGAAGGUAGUUGUAGAGUUGCUGUUUUAGAGCUUCUGAUUUAAUGUUUCCUGAAUAAGUGCUUUUCGGUUUGAAGUUCUUGUUAUGGCUGGCAUUGGCUUGUCUAAAAUUGUCAGCCUUCUCUUGUCUUUAUUAUGCUUUGUAAUUUUGUCUUUCUGUAUUGUAAAAUAUAUUUGAAGGUUCAAG